GUGAGAAAUGGGAAAAGGUGAUAAAGACAAGGAUAGCGAAGAGUCAGCUCAGCUUGUGGGAAGCACAAAUGAUGGGGAAUCUAGCGCGGAUAAGAAGCCUAUAGGAGCGCCGUAUAAAUGCAAAGAAAAGCACUGUGGCACCUACUGUGUAGCUUGUUGUCGCUGUUUCUUCGGUCUCAUUUUGUUUCCUUUUAUGCUUCUACUCACACUGUUGGCCGUUUUCGUCUGGGUAAUUCUCUUACCAGGUACAUUUUUUAAGUCAACUACUAUUUUUUUUAUAUAGUGUAGUUUAUUCGUCGAAAAAGCUUAUAAAAACUCAAUAAUUAGUAACCUACCCUCCGUCAAGCAAAUGUAAACUCUGGGGGGAAAUGAAAACAGUGCGGGAGCAUUAUUUAAGAAUAAAAAUUUUGGUCCUGAGAUGAUCGAUUCAUUCGUUUUUGUUCCUUUUUUCUACGCCUUCUUACCAUUUUAACAAUUUGUAAUCUCCCGAGUUUUGUUUCUAUCUCAUUUCUUAUGAUAAACGUGCCGCUUAAAAUCAAAAUUAAUAUCGUACAUCAAUGGAACAGCCAAUAGUUAAGCGUCAACCCAGCUUUUAAGAUGCGCGUUGAGACCGGCCAGAAUCAGCCUUUUUUAAUGUAAAAAGUGCGCUAUUGUAUAUUCAUAAUUUUCCAAGGGUUUAUGAAUAUAAGGAUUGGAUUUUUGGGUCAACAAAUGAAAUUAUUGUUCUAAGUGAUCAAAAGGUGCUGGCAAGAGCCAUUAUGGCUCUUGGUACUGGCCGAUUGUUGCAUCGGCCCUUUGCGUGGUUAAGUAUAGAAGUUCACAAAAAUUGAUGUUUGAUGACGCCCUAAGAAGGCCCCAGGAAGAAAGUAAAAAACAACUUGACGUUUACGUUAUUUGCAUGAGAAACACCUUUCCUCUGAUUAUUAAAUGCACUUUAAUUCAAACCACUAUUUUUUUUCGAUAUAUCGUGAAUUAAUUCAGCUGUACAUUUGCGCAGUAAACAUAUAAACUCUUUUUAUACUCAGACAAUCGUUUUUUUUUCCCCUUUUCAGUAAAAUGCUGUUCGCCCUGUUGUGCUCCUCUCUUUGACUUGGUUGUACAGGUGUUGAUGCUGCCCGUUCGACUCUAUAAAUGGAUAUUAGGAAAGGAUGAAGAAGAAAUAGCAUGAUCAUACAGAAUAUUGACACUUUUCAAAACACUUCGGCGUCUUUUUUAUAGAUGUAUUAAGUGUUUGAGGACAAUAAAUAUUCUGUAUUAGUCUUAUGGGAAUUUGAUCAUGAUUAAAAUUUAAAAAUUUUCAGAGCUGAGGGCUUUGAAAAGCGGUAUUAACGACAGUAACUGCUUUUAACGCGCUGAAGAAUUCUCCCUUUAUCUCUUGCUUAUAUUAAUUUUCUUUGCGUCAGGAAAUGUGGGU